UUUUCUCUCUCUAGCUCACGUACCAGUUACCACAACCUCAUUUCCCCGUUACCCGUGCAUAACUCUUCUUCGUCUCGCAGCUCCUCUUGUUCGUCUUCGAUGGGCGCGUCCGGAGGCAAAUGGCUGAAGUCGCUCAUCCCUCACAGUCACAGAAAGUCCCAGCCCAACAGCGAUCGAGAGAAGGUUGUUGAGAAGGGAAAGAAGAAAUGGAGGCUAUGGAGGAGCUCCUCCGAGGGGAUCGGUUUAAUGGGGAAGCGAUUGAAGGGGAGCCACAUUGCGGCUUCGGAGCUGUCCGAUUCCUCGUGCACCCUUGAUGAUGCUGCAUUGGCCUCUGCAAUGGCUACUCUGCUUCGCGCUCCACCAAAGAAUUUUGUGGUCAUCAAGCAAGAAUGGGCCGCAAUCCGGAUUCAGACUGCAUUUAGGGCAUUCUUGGCAAGGCGUGCUUUGAGAGCCUUGAGAGCAGUUGUCCGUAUUCAGGCCAUUUAUCGUGGCCGCCAGGUCCGAAAGCAAGCUGCAAUAACACUCAGGUGCAUGCAGGCCCUUGUUCGAGCUCAAGCUCGCGUGAGGGCACAGUCUGUAAGAACAUCUUCAGAAGGGCAAGAUAUCCAAAAUUUAUUUGCUGAACAUUCUGAUCAAGCGGAUCCCUCUAGGCAGGCAGAGCAACGUUGGUGUGCUAGCCCUGGCACUCUGCAAGAAGUCAAGACAAAGCUACAAAUGAGACAAGAAGCACUCAUCAAGCGAGAGAGAGCACUGGCAUAUUCCCUAGCUCAACAGCAACCAAGAUCAAGUGCAAGCCCAAAUUCAAGGAAAUAUAAGUCUGCAGAGUCUCUCAGACAUUUGGAUAAGAGUAGCUCAGGAUGGAGCUGGUUAGAUCGUUGGAUGGCAACUAAGCCAUGGGAGAACAGGUUAAUGGAAGAAACCCACAGUAGACAAUCAGAAGCAACUGUCUUUUCUCGAAAAAGUCAAGACCAUCGUGUCAGUAACCAUUCAUGUUUUUCUGACCAUGAUUUGGUUAGAGUGAGACGUAACAAUAUAACUACCAAAGUCUGUGCUAAACCUCCUUCCAGCUGUCAAAUUACUGGCUCAUCUUCAGAUCCAAUCUCAGAAUCCCUCUAUGGUGAAAGCACAACGUCAGCUUCAACAUCUGCCUCUCUGACUCCAGUGUCUAAGGUGCUGAUGGUUGAAAGAGGAGAAGAGACCAAAGUUUAUAAACCAAGCUAUAUGAAUCUCACUGAAUCAGCUAAGGCUAAACAAGCUUGCAGAUAUUCUUAUCAUGAUAUGCAGAGACAACUACUGGAAGAGUUACAAUUUUGUAACAAAUCGAUGGCACUUUGCAGUGGGGAUACAAGAAGUAUCUCUGGUUCCAUUCAGUCAAUAAAUUUUUCGAAGGAUCUUUAUCCCCCUAUACAGUUGGAGAGGCAAGAUCAGGUAAGGAAUCAACUUCAUUGAAGAGUCCAUACGAUGGGUUCAACGACUUGUUGUCAACUCAAACUGUGCACCUAUAUACAAUGGCAUCAAAAGGACUUAUUGAUGCUGAAGAUACAAACAAACUUUGUCAAAACAAAUUUGGGACAAUUACAGGAGUGUAUCAUGAUAGCAACAUAGUGAUUGUGUUCAUAGAAGUCGAAUUACUUUUCCUUGAACUGGAUUGAGAUACUUACUGGUAACUUAUGAUUGGUGAAUUUUGUCUACACCUUGUUUAAACAUAUCCUGCUUUCUAGCUUCGUUUGUCAAUGUCUAUGCUGUAAACAGUGCAACAAGGUUGAGUUAAGUGUGUGCUUGUGAGGAAGUACAUGAUGAAUGACAUUCAAAGACGAUUUGCA